UUUGCAAACCUCUCCGCUGGAAGCCACAGCAGAGCUAGUCCAGCUCUCUUCACACUAAGGGAAACGUCCCCAAAUUCCCUUUCUUUUCUGUUUUAAGAACUUUCACAGACACAAACAUGCCCAUAGGUAACUGGAAACCUGUGUUUCAAAGGAAACCUGAUCACGCUGCCAGAUAACGCAGGCUUCCUAAACAGGUGCGGGAGCGCCCGGAGCCUUCGCGCCACUGCCAGAAAUGCAUAUUUUGUUGAUUGGUAAGAACUGACAGGUGACGCUUCCCGAAAUAUAAAUGCAAGAAAGACGCAGAGCUCAAUAAAACCUGCCACCUGCCAGCGUAGGAGGGUUGGAGAAAGAAAGUCAAGCGGCCACUGGAUAUGGCUCUGGGAGUCCCAGUGGCAAUCUGUCUUUUCUGCAAUGCACUCACCGCCCUGACUGCUGAGGCCAACUGGACUGAGAUGUCGCCAGGCACAGCCCCCCGAAGCAACAGGACUGCUAAUGAGACCCAAGCUGACUCUGUGGAAGGACCCAUCGCCCUGAAGUUCUCACAUCCCUGUCUGGAAGACCACAGCAGCUACUGUAUCAACGGCCUGUGUGCCUUCCACCAUGAGCUGGGCCAGGCCAUCUGCAGGUGUUAUACUGGUUAUACUGGAGAAAGAUGUGAGCACCUGACCUUAACUUCAUAUGCUGUGGAUUCUUAUGAAAAAUAUAUCGCAGUUGGGAUUGGCGUUGGAUUACUAUUAAGUGGUUUUCUGGCAAUUUUUUACUGCUACAUAAGAAAAAGGUGUCUGAACCUGAAAUCUCCGUACAACAUGUGUUCUGGAGGAAAGCAGCCACUCUGAGGCCUUUGGAAAGCAUCAUCUUCGAGGGUUUUGUGAAAAACCUAUGGGCCUCAAAUGGAAAUCUUCAAAUAAACAAAAAUGUGCCAAGCCGACUAGACUUGAAAAUGACAGAAGCUGGGAUCACAGUACUGAGAGAAGGUAAAAUUCAGCUCUGGUCUUCAGACUUUGCCACCCUUGGGUGUCACACAGCCAACUACGCAAGCUGCAAUGGCAGAGGUGCUCCUGUGGGGCGACUGUUCUCACUGCAGAAGAACUGCCUCAUGCUUCUCACCAUGUCAGAGGUGCGCCUGCCUGGGAAAACCCUCAGCUUUGCAGCAGGCCAAGCGGUGCCAAGCAUGGGCUCUCCGCGUGUCUGCUGUCCACCGCUGUGGCCAUCCACAUGGGCUCUUGGUGCACUCCAGGACCUAAUUCCAAGCUUUCUGCCUUCAUAAUGUCUAACUGACUGGAUGUCAACUUUCAGGAUGAGAUCAGUGUUACAGUACCUCGGGCGAGCUGAGCAUGUGCCUUACAGCCAGUCCACAGAAGAGAAACUGGAAUGUCCAAGGGAAGCACGAUCCACACCCAGCGUGUGACCAUACUUGCAGCCUUUAUCUGUGAAAUAUAGAAUAAGCAAGAGGUUCUGAGGGCUGGAAGCUAUCCAGACACCACGUCCAGAGCAGGCAGAGCACUUCAGUUCCUGUAUUGAUCAUGGACUUGCUUGUCCCAUGUGCUUUUGUUUGUCACUUCUCUUCAAUAGUUCCCUCCACGGUGACAGUGGAGCUACCAGGUAACCAUCCAAGUGGACUGAACUCCCUAAUGACAAAAGGCUUGCAAUUCAUCCUGAAAUAGAAACUGAAGGACUAGAGAAGGGAAUAUUUUUUUUCUUUCAUCACCUAAUAACAGGUGGAAGCAGCUGCGUUUCUGAAAGCUUGUAACAGAUUUGAACAGGGGAAGAAUGAAGCAGUGGUUAGAAAAACUAUUUGGGAAUCAAGUUCCUUCCUCUCCAAUUCUAGUUCUGCCACAUAGCUUCACUAGCUUAUGUAGGUUCCUUAAUUUCCUUGGGCUUUGGAUUUAUUUCUCCAAGGCCCUUGUACCUCUAAACUUGGAUAAUGAGAAAAGCAAACCGGGGUGCAUGUGUGCCAGUGAGAUUGUUCCUCAUGCCUCUGCAUCCAGCCUCACCUGCAGCCCCAAAGCACGCCGCUGAGUAUUGUCCUAGGUAUAUGGAUGUUACUGUUCCAUUUGUAAAAUAGUAAUUUAUUUUUAAAAGAAAUGAAAUAAAUUUAACAGCUACCAUUUUUCUUUUCAGA